GCAUAAUUGAUUGCCUAGUUACCGCUUGGGCGGCACAGGUGUAUAUGUUACACAUAAGCGUAUUGAGUGUUGACUGUGCUGAACCGACCCCAAACAAACUGGUGUACUUUUCGUAGUUUCUCGCUAGAAUUUUACGGUAGAGUUGUGGUUUUCUGGCCGUCUAGACUGAAGUUGAGUAGCGAGUAGUCAUGCAUAAAUCGUACCAGUCCAUAUUACCCUGCCAGAGCCGCCUCCUAAAGGCAAGAUGGGAUCGUAAAUAUUACGAGGAACACCAACAGAAGGUGCGUGAGGCUCAGCCCAUGGUUGACACAAAACCUCCAACAACAUACGUGCAUCUACAUCUUAAACUGAAGAAGUUACAGCUUGAGGAGGAGCGCUUGGCAGUUAUUGAGAGAGAUAACCGUAUCUUACUUGAGAAGAUGUCAGAGAUAAUGAGAACUACUGGACGGGUUGACCAUAGGAAUAACUACAUCCACAGAAGUUUGAACAAAGAGAAAAGACAACGAGAGCUGUUGCGCGUGACUCGGGAGAAUCAAGAGAUCUUGAAGCGCAUCUUGGCACGGGAACCGGAGUAUAAUCACCGAAGGUGGCAGAGAGAAUGGGAGGAGAAUGAAACAUUUAUGGAUAACAUCGCUCGCUAUCCAAGAAACUGGUGGGAAAUAGAACAGCAAGAGAAAGAACGCAUCAGGGCAGAGACCAGAGAGCGGAGGAGACAGGAAGCUGAGAAGAAUGGAACCUCCCGCUCAGGUCGGAAAUCAUCAAGAAAGGAAAGACAACGUACAAAAUCCCGAGAAGAGCAAAGAAGCCCAACAGAGCAAGAGGAGCAGCAAGCACAAGGUGCUGGAAAGGAGACUAACAAUGCUGGAGAGGAAACUAAGCCUAAUGAACCAAAGCAGGAAACUCAACAGGAAGAAGAACCGACAAUGGAACAGCAAGUUGAAGAGGCAUAAUGUGAGCUUUUUAAUUGAGUGUUUUUGCUUCAGGCUGUGCUAAUCAUGUAAAAUCAUCCCCCUGUAUUUUGACAGGUACACGUAUAUUUAUGUUUUUGAUGAGUGGUGACCACUGGUGGUGCCAAUUUGAGUGGUAAGAAUUAUAACAUUCACAGCAUUCAAGUUUUUUUGCGCCAAUCGGAGGUAGUUAAAUUGUUAACUACCCCACUGAAGAUAUUAUUUAAUUUGCAGAUUUCCAUUAAUUGGAAUUUUUAAAUUACACACGUACAUGUAAGCGAGUCAACAUUUUUAUGCGCCUGAAAACAGCAUGUAUAUGGCAUAGUCAAUUUCUUGGAGAUUUUAGCUGUCAAUUUCAAGCAGUUUUUAAGUAAGCAUGCUGUUGUUUUUCUAUUGGUACAGAAUUUGCUGUUUUCACCAAUCGCCUGCAUUGUUUUGCUAAGCUCAUUUGCAUAAAUGUUGAUGUGAAUUCUGCCACAAAAGUUGCUGUUUGGGCAAAUGCUUUUGAUAAUGGUAGAAAACAAGCAAAACAGAAGCAAAUUUGUUGGGGUGAUGAAAAUGGUCACUUUUGAUGGAGAAAAUUUUAUAUGAGGCAACAGGGUUCUUUCAAGUCAUGUAGCUUGAAUCAUUUUAACUUUCACUAGAUUAAAUUUUUAUUCAUUUUUCUCUUCAUUUCUUUCUGCUGGCUAAUGAGGAUCGUGUAGAUUACAAUGUGUUUGAUACUGGCUCCGACGUUGUCUACCUAAUGCGUUCCUCAUUAUGCUAAUAAAACUAGCAAUAAGUUAUGGAAUCGUCAGAUCUUCCAAUUUCUCUCAGAAAAUUCCACUCCAGAAUGUCGUGUUCAACAUGGCGAUUCAAAUAAUGAAGUCAGUGCACAUCUGUAGUCUAUGCACAAAUCCCAAAGCGUCAACAAUUAUUCUCUGUGUGUUUGUGUAAUUAACCGCAUUACUUAUUUAUAUACUGGAAAUAGCCGUGACUUUAAGCAAGACCUUUUUGGCCAAGUACAAAGAAAACACAAAGCCCGAUAGUCAGAGGUCAAGCAGGUGUUACAUCCCUGAAAAGCCAGGUAUGAGCAGGACAUCUGUCCACUGCAGAUAACUACUGUGGAUGAAUAGGCCUUUUGAAUAAAAUCUGGUACACUGAGUUAUCUGAUUGCAGAUAAACAAAACAAUUUGAAUUCCCCAGACUGAAGA